AUGGCUUCACCAUGGAAUAGGGAGAAGAGAUAUGAUGUCUUUCAGUAUGAUUACGUCGAGGAUCCGGACGCCCAUCCUCCCCAACCGCGAGCGACCUUUCUCUUUGUCAGAACCUUUAAUCCUGCCCCAAGGGGGGUCUCCCCAGAGAACGAGGCCCAAGAGAAGACCCAGGAGAGCACUGAUGAGAGCAAUGACGGAAAGGAUAUAGAUAAGAAGCCCAACGCCGGCAACUCACGGGGAUUUCUGUUCCUCCUCCUCCGGCAUCCUAAGGACCCAAAACGAUUCAUCGUGGUCCGUCGGAAGAAGAAGGUAACGAUUGGAUCCAAGACCGAGAAGCCCCUCGAGGGAUACCCAGAAGCGAUGCCCAGGUUGUUCAACACGUCUAAGGAGGAUAGGCGCGAUCCAAAGAACCUGAAGGACAAGGAGAGGGUGAUGAACGAUAUAACGCGGCAUCAGGCGCGACCCCAGGGGACCCGUUGGAGGAGACUUCUCAAUAGGACUAUAUGGGGUGUCCAGAAUAUCAGGAGGAUAUGGGAACAGGGCGAAUCCCACUGGAGCAAGCCCCAAAGAAUAGGAACCGUGACUGAGGAUAAUUUGCGGAAGUGGGAAAGCAGUUGGCUGCAUGAUGACAAAGACAAUUCAGGUAGGGCAGACACGGCCAGACUCCGGUUUGUGCAGGACAAGCUUUACGCCAUUCACUACGCAGAUCACUACGCCGAGAAACAACCUCCAUUCACAAAGAGCAGCGAGGAGGUCACAUGGGUGCUGUACCAUCUCCAGAAGCGCAAUUUCAUCAAGCUAUCUGAAGAUUUGAAGAUGAGGGUUAAUCACAUGGUCAUGGUUCGAGAGCAACAAAAGAGACAUGAAGAAGAAGAGCAACAAAAGAGACACGAAGAAGAAGAGCAACAAAAGAGACACGAAGAAGAAGAGCAACAAAAGAGACACGAAGAAGAAAAGCAACAAAAGAGACACAAGGAAGAGGAACAACAGAAAUUGGAAUUCAGGGAAGUUGAAGAGGAAAUCAGAGCAGGGGCGGUUGGAUUCAAUAAGGCCGAAAUGGAGGAUCCCACUGCAGGAGCGUUGGGCAUCAAUGAAAGCAGCACAGGACCAACCAGCCAAGGAGCCGGUUGA